UGUAGGUCCCAUCCAGCUCCACUGUGAAAUUUGCAUUUGAACUUACUGACGCUUCAAACAUUAAUCCAGUAAUUAUCACUGUCCAGAAAGCAUUUCUAUUGUCGUUCUGAGCGACCAGAUCAACAGAAGAACAUCCCGCCUCUUUACGCUGACACCACUCUCACUGGAGUAUAUGAAUAGUUCAGUCACCAACAUUGAAGUAGUGCAGUCCUACUGUACACACAACAAUGACCUUUAACUUGGUAACAGCUUUACUCUUCACCUGCAGCUGGAGCUCUGUCUCCGUCUCUGAGUUUCACACUGUGGAGGUCCAGUCUGGUGAAGAAGUCACACUGAUGUGUACCAACUUCACCAGUUCUACCAGUCACAUAUUCUGGUUCAGACUGGACAACAGACCCAAUGCCACCUGCAUCUCCUCCAUGUUCACCUCUGAUGGCAAUGUUACGUUCUGUGAUGGAUUUCAAAAUGGAAAGUUUAACAUGACGUCCAACAUCACUACCCUCUUUCUCCAGAUCAAACAAGUGGAUUCAUCCGACUCUGGACUCUAUUUCUGUGGAUCUUACUGGAACAAUUGGUCAAUAAUUGUCAGUGCAACGUACUUAAAGGUUCAAGAAGAGUCUGUUGAACUAGCAACUCUGACGAGUGCGAUCCUGAGUGCUCUGGUUAUUUUCCUCAUUAUCAUCGUCAUUGUUCUGGGUCUCAAAAUCAGGAAACUUCACACAGGUACUUAUUUAAAGGAAGAGGGACACAAUCCACAACACAGCCAGAAUCCAAGCUCUGCUGAUGUGACCUAUGCAGCGCUGGGUUUCCAUAAGAGAGCCAGAAAGAGCAGAGGGUCUGUAUCAGAGAGACAGCUGGAGCCUAAUGUUGAGUACACUGCCACCAGAUAGACUCAGGAAACCUCUGGAACAGCUGCUCAGUUACCGUCACUGUCAAAAAAAUGUUGUAAUAAAGAUUGUAUGUUCAUGCAAAUUGUGAAAUCUCAUUAUCCAUCAGUAUCUGAGGGCAAAAGAAUACGAUUGCUCCGAGCCAGUAAAGACACUGGUGUCUGUUCAGACUCUCUGACACUGAGAGUUAGAUGGAGGUCUGCAGCAGUGAAGGAGUGAACGAGCCACACUUAGCUAGUUUGACAGGAAGAGACAGCAGAGUGUGGUCUGACCACGGCUGAGGUGGAAAUCAUGAGCUCUGUUAGGCUUCAUCAUGACGAUGAAGGUUUUCUAACCUUGAGAAAACAAAAGCGCUAUCUUCUCUUUCUGUUUUUGUUGCACAAUGACAGACGCUCUUCUUUUGUGCAGUAAAUGAAGACGACAGAAUUGCACUGUGAAAGUGGGUCUUAUAGGGAACUAGUCUAUACGCUGAUGAUGUCAUUAUUCUAUAGCCUUACAUUGUGUGAUCAACAUUUACUUCAUAAUAAUACGCUGAAGCAAAGAAAAAAAACAGACAAAACAAGAAAACAGUCUAUUGUCACUUUAAAUAUCGUUACAAACUCACUUGAGAGCCUUUUGACAGAGUUGAGCUUUAAGCAGAACAGGUAGCGACUGACUAACACGCACUCGUAGAGUGGAGUUUUUACUUGUAGUGUCUUUAAAGUGAGGGCAUGACAGUAAAGUCUC